CAGCUCUGUAUCUUGUGUAUAUAAGACAGGGAACAGCUGGUCUCUGCACCCAGCAUCACACACAGAAGCCAUCGAGCCUACAGACAUCUAUAUCCAUAGCAGCAUGGACCCUCAGAGCUGUGACUGCGGAACAGGAGCUUCUUGUUCCUGUGAAGUCUCAUGUAAAUGUCAGAAAUGCAAAUGUACCUCGUGCAAAAAAAGUUGCUGCUCCUGCUGUCCGGCUGACUGCAGUAAAUGCCGCCAGGGCUGUCAGUGCACAGAUGGAUGUGGGACCUGCAGCUGCUGCAAGUGACGCUGCUACACAAGGAGCCACCAGCGAAGCCGUUACUGUCUGUUCUACGCACAAUGACGUGUAGUCUGAUCUCUGUGUUCCAGUCAAUGUCAUGUCUGCAGUAUUUAUGUCACGUGUCAUCUCCCUGCUGUCUAGUAAUAUGAAAUCACAGAUUUACUGUACACGCCGUGAUUACUGGAGUCCUUCCCCCGACUUCUACUGCUCCUUCUCUGUACACCAUCGUAUAUCAUCUCUGUAUAUGAGGGAGGCAAUAAAUGUGCUGAUUGUUCCCA